AUGGGCUCAGUGGGUAGGCUCCACUGUCUGACCAUGACGGCCGCCGAAAAUCCCACACCUGGAGACCUGGCUCUGGCACCCCUCGUCACUUGCAAACUCUGCCUGUGUGAACAGUCUCUGGACAAGAUGACCACACUCCAGGAAUGCCGAUGCAUCUUUUGCACAGCUUGUCUGAAACAGUACAUGCAGCUGGCAAUCCGAGAAGGAUGUGGGUCUCCCAUCACUUGCCCGGACAUGGUGUGCCUAAACCAUGGGAUCUUGCAGGAAGCUGAGAUUGCCUGUUUGGUACCUGUGGAUCAGUUUCAGCUUUAUCAGCGGUUAAAAUUUGAGCGAGAAGUCCACCUGGACCCCUGCAGGACGUGGUGCCCCGCCGCAGACUGUCAGACAGCAUGCCCCGUCGCAGCAAGUGGCCCAGGGCAGCCUGUCCUGGUGGAGUGCCCGUCCUGCCACCUGAAAUUCUGCUCAUGCUGCAAGGAUGCCUGGCAUGCAGAAGUCUCCUGCAGGGACAGUCAGUCCGGCGUCCUGCCAACAGAGCGUGGGACGCUCUUUGGGACGGAGGCAGAAGCCCCCAUUAAGCAGUGCCCCGUGUGCCGGGUUUAUAUUGAGCGCAACGAAGGCUGUGCUCAGAUGAUGUGUAAGAACUGCAAACACACAUUUUGCUGGUACUGCCUUCAGAACCUGGACAAUGACAUUUUCCUCAGACACUAUGACAAAGGGCCAUGUAGAAAUAAGCUUGGCCACUCAAGAGCCUCAGUGAUGUGGAACCGAACACAGGUGGUCGGGAUUCUCGUGGGGUUGGGCAUCAUUGCCUUGGUGACCUCACCCUUGCUGCUUCUGGCUUCCCCGUGCAUCAUCUGCUGUGUCUGCAAGUCCUGCCGGGGCAAGAAGAAAAAGCACGACCCAUCCACAACCUAA